AUGGUGUGGGUGGAUGUGCUGCUGCUGCUGAGCGCCGCGCUCAGCGCCUUCCAGCUCCUGCCCCAGCUGGAGGACUGCCGGCGGGGGUCGCCCAGCUGCGGCAGCGUGGUGGCCUGCUACUGGCGGCGCCGUGCGCUGCGCAUCCUGCCCGCCUACGCGCUGGCAAAUGUGGCGGCGGCGGUGGCGCUGGGCCCGGCAGACGCGCCCCGCGAGGCGGCUGCCGCCCGCUGGAUCCACUUCUACCACUGCCCGCGCAACGUGUGGGCCAACUUCCUGCUCAUCCAGAACUUCCUGGGCAACAAGGCCUGCGCCAUCCACCUGUGGACGGUCGCCCUCCAGGCCCAGUGGCACCUCGCCUCCCCGCUGCUGCUGUGGGCGCUGCGACCCCGCGCCCCCGGUUUUCGGGCUCGCCUGGCGGCUGCGCUGGCGGCGGCGGCGCUGGGCGGCACGCUGUGGCGCCUGUGGGCGGCCUGGCGGGUCGACUUUCUGGAGCUGCCGGUGGCCGACUUUGCGGUGGACCAGGCCUCCCAGCUGUCGUGGGCCAAUUUGCUGCACGCGUCCUACCUGCCCACCGCCAGCCGCGUGACCGAGCUGGCGGCGGGGGCGGCGCUGGGUGCGCUGCUGCGCUCCCGCGCGGCACUCCAGCUGCUGCGGCGCAGGCGGCGCGUGCUGGGGGCCGUCGCCCUCGCCCUCCAGGCCGCCUACCUGUACCUGCUUGUUGAUCGUCACCUGCUGUUCCGCGCGCCAGGCGCCGCGCCCUGGCCGCUGUCUGCCGCCCGCCUGCACGUCGCGCUGCUCUCCUGGGGCUCGCCCUUCAUGGCUGCCCUGGUGGCAGCCGCCCUGCUGGCCCUGGUGCUGCAUGCCGACCCGAUGCAUGCGGCGGCGGCCCGCCUGCUGGGCGCGCCCGCCUGGCGGCCCGUGGGCGCGCUGUCCUACACGCUGUUCCUCAUGCACGAGCAGGCGCGGCUGUGGCUGUGGCUGUGCUGUGCCCCAGUGUCACUGGAUACAAUAUAUGAAAUGGACCACACCAUCAUGACGCAACCCAUUUACUUCGACCUCCACACAGCUCUAGUCCAGCCUCAAACCAAGACACUCUUCAACAAUGGCAUGUCCACCAGCGGCAACGGCAGCAGCAGCACAACUCAUCUCCAUAGCGAGCGGCAGGAUCAGCUGCAAGCGGACUCAAGCGGCCCCGCCAGCGGCGGCCCCGCCUGCGCCUGCCGGUCUCGACUUCCGGUGCCUCAAUGGCUUGCGGGCCAUAGGAUCCAUCGCGGUGGUGGUGUUCCACUGCGUCCUGAUCUGGGAGCAAAUGGUGACGUUCGAGACGAGCUCAUGGGUGCGGCGGGGCACCUGGCCGGGCAGGCAGCACCCCUGCGACGGCGGCGGCAGCAAGCCGUGGACCGAAACGCCGUGCCGCCGAGUCCCGUGGCUGUGGCCGUGGGCUUCUGGCAGGAAACUACGGCCGCAGCUCGGCAGCACGGGGGCGUCGCAGCGAUGGCCUCCAUCGGAGGCCCGCUGGCUGUUGACUUCUUCCUGAUUACCUCAGCCUGCUUCGCCAUCUACCAGCUGCUGCCGCCGCUGGAGGGCAGCACCAAGGGCCCCGCCGCCUCGACCCAGCCCAGCUGCGGACGCGUGGUGCUGCGCUACUGGCAGCGGCGCGCGCUGCGCCUGCUGCCCGCCUAUGCCGCUACCAACCUGCUCAUCGCAGUGGGGCUGGGCAGCGCCCCACAUGCUGCCCCCUUCCGCAACUUUGCGUUUGGCAACUGCCCCGCCGGCCUCUGGCGCAACGCUCUCUUCAUCAACAACAACGACGUCACCCAGGCUUGCGGCCUCUACCUCUGGUCGCUCACGCUGCAGGUCCAGGUGUUCAUCGCGGUCCCCCUGCUGCUGUGGGCGCUGCGGCCGCGCACCGCGGGUUUCCGUGCCCGCCUGGCGGUGGCGCUGGCUGCGGCGGUGCUGGGCGGCACCGCGUGGCGAAUGUGGCGCGUGGCCUCCACCCAGCACCUGCUUCAUCUGCCGCUGGGAGACCUGACCCAGCGGUCUGAGGCUGCUGCAUACUGGAGCCUGCUGGAUGCCACCUACUUCCCCACCGGCACGCGCGUGGCGGAGCUGGCGCUGGGCGCGGCGCUGGGCCUGCUGCUGCGCUCGCACGCCGCUGUCAGCUGGAUGCUGCGCAGGCGCACCCUGGUUGCCAUCGCCGCGCUGUCCCUCCAGGCCAUCUAUGUGCACACCGUGCUGCACUGCAACCCGCAUGGCCUCCCCGGCGACGCGCUGUGGCGCCCGCUCACCACGCAGCUCCAUGCGACGUUCCUGUACUACGGCUCUCCCUUCCUGGCCACCACGAUCUGCAUGAGCCUGCUGGCCCUCAUGCUGCACACUGACCCUCUGCACGCCGCCCUGGCGUCUGCGCUGCGCUCUCCUCUGCUCACCCCCCUCUCAGAAUUGUCGUACUGCCUUUACUUGAUGGCCGAGCUGGCUCGCCUCUGGGGCGCCAUGUUCCUGCUCCCGGCAGGAGUGCUGCCGUCACUCAUCGCAGCCGCCCCGUACACAGGCCUGGUGGCCACCUGCCUGUUCACCCUGGCAUGCUCGUAUGCAUGUGCACUUGUGCUGCACCGUUUGGUGGAGAAGCCCUUCUUCAGGCUUUGA